AGGUACGUCCACGAUUCACUUCCGAAACACUGUUCUAAAUUUCGAAGUUGUUCCUUAAUGGGUAUGAUGCCAAAGCUUGAAAUCGCGAUUGGCUUAGAGAAGUUGUUAGGCUGCCUUCACUUUUUAUGUUGGUGAUCGUUGUAAUGGUAUCUGGUUUCUGUUCAUCUCUUGGAUCUUUCUCACAGUCUCGUUUGGGAUUCUAGCCAUGCUAAUUCUUCGAUAUCACAAACGGGUAUUGAAAUUUUCCAAAAUGAUUACCCAGCUCAAUCACUUGCUGUUCUUUGCGCCUGUUCUAUCUGAAAAAACUAUUACUCAAGCUCAUAAUCCGUCUUUUGUUAGCUUUAAAUCUCGAUUGUUUUGCAAUUAUGGAUUUGAUAUUCAUCCCAGAGCGUCCCUUAUAGAAUCACCGCAAUCGCCCACUACAGGUGGCCGAGUGUCUCGGUAUGCAAGAACAGAGGCCCAGAAAGUGUUAUUUGACUAUCUGCAUUGUACUAGGAGCCUCGGCUUUGCAGAUGCUGAACAUAUAAGCAAGAACUCGCCUCAUUUUCUUCAAAAUUUGAUCAUGAAACUUGACAGCGAAAAAGAUGUGGCUAGGUCUCUCAGAAAGUAUCUUAGAUACAAUCCCAUCAAUGAAUUCGAGCCAUUCUUUGAAAGCCUGGGACUACCCCCAUCAGAGCUCCCCUUGUUUCUUCCACGACGCUUGAUGUUUUUGAGUGAUGAUCAUCUUAUGCUUGAAAACUUCCAUGUUUUGUGCAAUUAUGGUAUCCCGCGUAGCAAGAUGGGCAAAAUGUAUAAGGAAGCAAGAGAAAUAUUUGCUUAUGAUUAUGGUCUAUUAGCCUCAAAACUUAGAGCUUAUGAGGAUUUAGGUCUUGGAAUGGGCACACUUAUUAAGCUUGUUAGUUGCUGCCCUUCACUUUUGAUUGGUCAGAUCAAAAUGGAGUUCAUCAAAGUUCUGGAGAAGCUAAGUAAAUUAGGUAUUGAAGAAGAUUGGAUUGGAGGAUAUAUAUCUCAUAAAAGUACCUAUAAUUGGAAUAGACUGGUUGACACUCUGGACUUUCUAGCUAAAGUAGGUUAUACAGAGAUACAGAUGCACGAUCUGUUUAAAUCAAAUCCCUCAUUGCUGCUUGAAGAUUCUGGGAAGAAAGUGUAUGUAUUAUUCGUUCGAUUAGUCAAGUUGGGUCUUAAGAUGGACGAAGCUUAUUCGAUUUAUAAACAAAACCCUGUAAUUUUGUCUGGGAAGUAUGUUAAAAACAUUCUGAGAGCAGUAGAUUUUCUCUUUGAUAUCGGGUUGGGAACAGAGGACAUUGCAGGUAUAGUAUCUCAUCAAAUUCUGUUACUUGGUUCGUGUACUCUGAAAGGGCCGAAAACUGUCUGUAAAGAACUAAAAGUCGGAAAAGAAGGUUUAUGUCUGAUCAUUCGAGACGACCCGUCCAAGCUGUUUACCUUGGCUUCCAAAUCAAAGCUAAAAAGCAGUGAACAGGCUUCUUGCCAAAACCCCGCCAAAGAGAUGGAGAAGACUACAUUCCUGCUGAAGUUGGGAUACGUCGAAAACUCAGAUGAGUUGGCAAAGGCGUCGAAACAGUUUCGGGGUCGGGGAGAUCAAUUACAGGAGAGAUUUGAUUGCCUGGUAAAUGCUGGUUUGGACUGUCAUGUGGUGACAAAUAUAGUCAGACAUGCGCCCAUGGUUCUAAACCAGAGCAAAGAUGUAAUCCAAGAGAAGAUUGAUUGCUUAAGAAACUGUUUAGGUUACCCCUUGCAUACAAUAGCGGCAUUCCCAGUUUAUUUAUGUUACAACAUGGAGAGAAUAAACACAAGAUUUUCAAUGUAUAGAUGGUUAAGGGAUAAGGGUGCUGCAAAACCCAACUUAUCAUUGAGCACUGUCUUGGCUUGUUCUGAUGCAAGAUUUGUAAAAUAUUUUGUGGAUGUUCAUCCAGAAGGCCCCUCCAUGUGGGAAAGUUGUAAAAAACAUGGUCUCCAUAAUCAUAGUUAAACCUUGCCAUCUAAUUUUAGUUCUUCUAUAUGUUUGCCCACAAGAUAGCAUUUUUCUUUGGAUGACAAUUCCCAAUAUACGGGUCUUUUGCUGUUCAACUGGUAUGUAAUUUCUUCUUCUUUUAAUGCUGCAUAGAUUUAGAUUCAAGUUUUGUUAGCACGACGAACAUAGAGGGGAAAGAGCUGAUGCCUUAUAUUGUGAAUUAUGUUCGUGUAAAGAGCUGAUGCCUUAUAUUGUGAAUUAUGUUCGUGUUGACAUUAUUCAAAUUUUUAUAUUUGUUUUUCAUAGUGA